AGGCGCAACCCGGGCUUCAAGGCUCCGAGCGCGCGGCCGGGCGGGCUCCACGAUGGUGCUGGAGGCGGCGGACCGGGCUGCGGUGCGCGCGCUGUGGCUGAAGCUGGGUAGUAACGUCGGCAUCUACACGACCGAGGCCCUGGAAAGGACCUUCCUGGCCUUCCCUUCCACCAAGACCUACUUCCUCCACCUGGACCUGAGCCCCGGUUCCGCCCAGGUCAGAGCGCACGGCCAGAAAGUGGCCGACGCGCUGACCCUCGCCGUGGACCACCUGGAGGACCUGCCCAGCGCCCUGUCGGCUCUGCGUGAGCUGCACGCGCAUAAGCUGCGCGUGGACCCCGUCAACUUCCAGCUGCUGGUCCACUGCCUGCUGGUGACCCUCGCCCGGCACUACCCCGGAGACUUCAGCCCCUCCCUGCAGGCCUCCCUCAACAAGUUUCUGAGCCACGUGAUCUCGGCGCUGGCCCCCAACUGUCACUAAAUUGAAAGGGUGGUCGCGUGGGGCUCGUGUUUGAGUAAAGUCCGCGGACAAAGC